AUGCACUACCCAUCAUUCCUCCUUGCCGCCCUCUUGGCCACCAUCCCUAGGGCCAGCGGAGAAUGCCACCGCUCUGGAGAAACAUGGGGCGGAGACAAAUUCACUGCCAUAGAAGCAGCUCAGCGCCUUUGCACCGACGGUAGCUUGGCCGAGACUGACUAUAGAUAUGGAGAGUUCAAAACCUUCUGCGUCAAUCUGAGCACCUUGAAGAAGGUAGACUUUACGGUCCUGGUCGGAAGAAACGUGAUUGGGGAUGGCUUGCGUAUUUCCUCGGCUGAUUGCACCGAUCGACUGCACAGGGAGAUCAAUGGCUGCGAUCAUGGGGGCAGAUCUUCGUAUGAACAAGGAACAGGCCCUGAAGGAACCAAUGUUGUCUGGGAUUUCUCCGCUGAUCCCGGCUCGGGCCAGUGUGCUUAA